AUGUCGUCGUCGUUGCGUCACGCCUCCUUUGUGAUUCCACCUUCGUCAUCACUUUGCAGUCACGGAGGGAUCUAUAUACAUCGAAAAUCGGGAAGCCGUCCCGAGGAGAAUAGAUUCGACCUGAAUCCGGACCACACGCACUUCAUCAUAGUGAAGGACGACACGGUGAACAAGACCGGCUUGAACUACUUCAUGCUGAAGCUCGAGCAGCAGUUGUCGAUGACGCCAGACGAAGAUUGUGUGGUGAUGCCCCCGAGCAUGAGCACUGGGGGUCCUCCCCCGCCUCCCCCGUCGACGCUGUACUCGGCCGAGAUCCCCCUGAUAGCGCUCGUAUGCCAGGGUGGAACCGGCUGCAACAAGAUGGUCCUCGAGCACCUCAAGAAGCAGCUGCCCGUGCUGAUCAUACAGGGCAGCGGGGGAGUAGCCGACCUGCUAGCCCUCGCCUACAACGAGAUUGACAGGCGCGGGGCUACCCUUUGGGACCCUGAGUUCAUCGAGACCGUGUUAAAGCCCGAAAUAAGCUCGCGGAUUUGCCAGAUGUUCCCCAAGUUCAGAGACAACGCGCUCUCGAGGAACGUCUUCAAGGACAGAAUCAUCGAGUGCCUGCGUCUGGCGUGCCAGACUCAAGAACAAAUGUAUUUUACUGUGAUCAAUAUUCACCACCACCGUAACAACCUGAAGCAUCUCGACGACAUCCUGCUCAAAGCCGUGUUCAAGUCCCAAGUACGGCACCAUCAUGCUCAUCAAAUGAAGAAAGACUUGCUGCUGACAUUGGACUGGAACUGCCCGCACGUUGCCAUGACUAAGGUCUUCUCCAAGGACUUCGCUCAGCAGUACCAGAUCGACCGGGAAGAGUUCGAGUACGCUCUGCUGCGACCAAAGCGAGAAGAGUUUCUGCACAUCUUCUUGAACCGAGGCUUCCAAGUGAACAAAUACUUGUCACCCAAAAGGCUUCGGCAGCUCUUCUCGAAAAUUCAGCACGAGGAGUUCUUUCGUUCUGUUUGCUGGGAAGGAGCCCUCGGACACAGCAUGCUGUCUAAAAUUGGCAAGAACUUCAUCGAGGGUGACCUGAACUGGUUGAUAGAGACCACGACUGGGAUGCGCGACUUCAUUGACCCAGAUGAGCUGUCGAUGAACACCGCACUGGGAAUGUACAUCCAGGACGCGCCCUCGGCCGAGCGCAAGGCCCUCGUCAUUCUUUCCCUGUGGGCAGUUUUCACGAACCGGCGAAAGACGGCCGAGGUGCUGUGGAAGAACUGCGACCAGCCAAUCCACCUGGCCCUGCUUAUCUCCAUGACGUACGAGAAGCUCACCAUGUACGUCAACGAGGGCACCAUCAAACACGAGCUGCUCGACACCAGCAGGCAUUUCGCGGGGAUGGCUACCGGCGUGCUUAACCUGUGCUACCUGGACUCGACUUGCCGCGCCUACGACAUCCUGAGCGUGCACAGCUUGGACUGGAAGUACAAGACGGCCGUCGACAUUGCCGCUGAGGCCAAGAACCGCAAGUUCCUCUCGCACCCGUGCUGCCAGAAGUGGCUGACCAAUCAGUUCCUCGGUAGGAUCAACGUGCGCGACAUAACCUGGGGAUUCUUCAGCGUUCCGCUGUGGCUGAAGGUAAUUCUCUGCGCAUUCACAAUCUUGCCCAUGUACAUCUGGGUACGCUUCAAGAAUGACCCACACCAGAUGGAUUACGGCGAAGAUGAAGAAGGCGACAAAGACUACAGCUCCAAGAACGUCACAGAAGCGAAGUACGACAGAUACGACACCGGCGGCACCAUGGCCCAGGAAGGAAUAUUCAUACACCAGAAUCCUCCGAUCUACAGAAUGGUCUACGUCAUGUGGAAUGCCCCCAUCACCAAGUUUUGGGUGUACCAGAUAUUCUACAUCCUGUUUCUCGGGACACUGAGCAUUGCUGUUCUGUGGCCUUCCUGCGGAGACCAGACGCUGGACACGAUCAGCGUGGUGUGGAUUUUUCUCAUCGCCGUGGAGACGAUUGACCGCACUUACCGCUUGCAUCUCACGAACGCAAACGUUCCCUUGCUGUCGAAGUGCAUCGAGGUCUUCCUCAUCACGUUUUUCGGCGUCACGUACCUGUGCUCGCGGCUACUCAGGAUCGGGCUGUUCGAAGACCCUUACAACGGCAAAGUGCUCAUCUGCGUCGGACUGCUCUACUUCUACUACCGACAGACGCUCAUCUACCUGCCCAUAUCCCCGCAGCUUGGCCCGCUGCUUUACAUUGUGAAACUCAUGGUCUGUCGGGACUUCGCAAACUUCAUGCGCAUGGCACUGCUGGUGAUCAUAUGCGGAGGCAUCGUGGUGCACGCUGUUCUGUACCCCGACUACCCGAUCACGGUGGAGCUUUUCCGCAGAAUAUUCCACAAGGCCUGGUUUUCCCUCUGGCUGACCCCUAUCACUGACCUCGAAGGAGACAGCAAGUGCUUCCAGACACCUCCCCCAGAUCACACCAAGGGAUGUUUCGUCAGCAGAUACUCGGACGAGAGCUGCCCCAAUACAGGUCUGUGGCCCUACGUGUUCGCGGUGGUCUACUUCGUGCACCUCAAGCUGAUCCUUCUCACGGUCCUGGUGGCGCUCUUCUUUAACACGGCGGCAGAGGUGACACCGGAGGCGGACGUCAUCUGGAAGUUUCAGCGCUACGAGCUGGUGAUGGACUUCGCUAUGCGGCGCUGCUUACCUCCUCCGCUCAAUGCUAUUGCAUACGUCUGGUGCAUCUUGGCCGCACUUCUGAAGAUGUGCAGACGCGCCCUCAGGAGGAAUAAGCGACAUCAGCCUCUGCACACCUUGCCGAAAGACGUGAGCAAAGGCCAGAAGUUGUCGGAGAGGGACUACCAUUACUGGAGACAAAAGGCGCUGGAGUACAGCAACAACCUGGAUUCUGCCAACGAGAACACUUCCCAGAAGAUGUCCGACAACUUGACGUUGAUGUUGGAGGACGUGGACUAUCAACGCACCGUACUGGAUCAACUUCGUGGUCAAGUGGAGGAGGUCCAGCGCAAGAUGUCUCUGUCGCUUAUCUACCUGGAGACCCUCAAGCAGGCUUGUUCAAAUAAGGGAGACCCGAUGUCCCUGGGUACGUCCAUGCAGCAGCAGACGACGCUACACUACAUUUCGCGCCAGUCUCCGUACCCGGGCACAAAGAUACAGCGCUUCCCAGUGCCGGACAAGUUUGUUCCCUGGGAGGUGAUGUGGCUCGACUACGACCCGGUCGCUUACACGAGGCCCAGAUCUCAGUUCCCGACGCCGCUGCAGGUCUAUGUGGACGAGGAUAUCCUUAUGAUCACGACAAACGAAAACGCUCAAAGCAUGCCGUCGCUGAAGUGGAACUGCUUGUCUACGUCGCCUGGUGGCGUCAGCAUAGACCGACGGUCGUGGAUCGAAGAUGCUGACGGCACGAACAUCAUCUACAUUCUCGAGAACGAAGGAGUGCCGAGGAAUCCUGCUGGAAGGACUGGCCUAAAAGGAAAAGGCGCACUUCCGCGCUGGGGACCGAACCAUUAUGUUCUCUUCAUUAUUAGCAGGUACCAGAAGUCACGGUCGGCCUUAUCUCAAGGAAGAGGGAUGGAAAUAGCCCUCAUGAGGAUUUUCAGAACUGAUCAGUUUGUGCUGCCGGGGGAUUUUGUUCCUGGAGAACAAAAGUAUGACGGAGUCAUGCGGGUGUGCUUCAAGAUUCCCGAGGGCACGCCAAUGUCCACUGCGGAGCACGUCAAAGAAUUUUUCUCAGACUGCCUUCAGGAGCAACCUGACACGUCUGAUCUCAGCCAGGCGAUGGACUGCUCGAUUGCUCGCCGUGGCUACAUGGACGAUCCGAUGAACACGGAUAAUUGCUGGAGAGAAGUCGAGCUCUGGAAAGUGCAUUACGGCGGAAAGGAAACGCUGGGAGAGAAGUUCCAGCCCAAUGUUGUAUGGAGGCUCGUUACCGACGACCUGUUUCUCAAGUUGCCUUCUGGACACAGCAACCUUUUCAAUGAAGUGUGGAACUUUCAAGGCACGUUGACGAUGUGACAUCAUCUAAAAAUGCGAAGACGGCUAUGUUGGUCAUGGGCUGAAGGGGAGCGCUCUAGGAAUAAAAACAAUCUUGACC